AUGAUGGGGACUGGCGCUCAGUUGCGUGUUUUCACGCAAGCAACGUCGAACAUCUGCAGAGAAGUGGAUGAGAAGAAUAUGGCGGCGAUGUUGGACAAAUUUCGCAUUGAAUAUGCAGACGUUCGAAUUGUUUCAGAUCUUACAAGAACACCCAAUAAUUCAACCAUUCGUAAGUUUGAGCAAAUAAUUGAGCCACUUCGUGCGACUAACGAUCCCGGCGAUCGAACUGAACUGAUCACUGAGAGUGAUUUGAGCUCACAGAAGUUUCGAACGAAUCGGUAUUUGCGUACGAAAGAGUUGUUGCUGCAGCAUUCACGUCAAGCUGAUCUCAUUGUUUUGUAA